AUGAAGAACGCCUUGGAUUACAUUCAGCAGCUGGCUGCAGGUUCUAAUAGGACCCAGCGGCGGGAGUUAAUGGCUGCAUUACACAACCUUGCUUUCUCACUGGAAGACGCCCAUGAUACUGUCAAUAGGAUAGGAUAUCUACACCUGCAGACUGCGGCUGUCAAGAUCGGCUUCGAUCUUGGAUUGUUCAGGUUGCUUGUCAAGGAGGAAGGUACCCUGACACUGAGCGAUAUCAGUCAGAUUACGAAAGCAGAUCCGGUCUUUCUAGCGCGCUAUCUACGAUAUCUUGCUGCUGUCGAUGUGAUCGCAGAAGUCGGUCCAGAUCGUUACACGGCCACCAACAUCACGCGGAACCUGGCCCAACCAGUGGCUGAGGCUGGUAUCUCCCAUUGCUUCGAAACCAUCGGUCCCGAGUACCAGGCGUUGCCACGUUACAUGAAGAAAACGGGCUACAUGAACCCAAGCGACGAAAUGCAUACCGUAUGUCAGGAAGCGUGGAACACCAAGCUCCACCAGUUCGCUUGGUUCAAAGACCACCCUGAGAACCUCAAGUUCUUCAACGAUUACAUGGCUCACCGCCGUGAGGCUGAAGUAUCAUGGCUCUCGGUGUAUCCUGUCCUUGAGCAGACUAAGGACUGGGAUCCUGCCAAACCUGUAUAUGUUAACAUUGGCGGCGGGGUCGGCCACCAAUGUGCCCAGUUCAAAAAGAAGUAUCCAGAUGUGCCAGGCCAGGUUAUUCUUCAGGACUUGCCGCACACCAUUGAGAAUGCACUGACGACCCCUGGGGUCGAGAAUAUAGCCCACGAUUUCUUCCAGGAACAGCUUGUCAAAGGUGCGAAGUUUUACUUCACCCGCGGAGUUUGCCAUAACCAUCCUGACAACAAAGUCAAACUACUUCUCCGCAACAUCAUGUCCGCAAUGUCCCCAGAGUCAAUUAUCUUACUUGACGAGUGGGUCUUACCGGAGACGGGAGUAAGCGAAUAUGCUGCUUGCAUGGAUCUUACCAUGAUGGCCGCGUUUGCUGCGAUGGAGCGUUCCGAGUCCCAGUGGCGCAAGAUCUUCGAUGAGGUCGGUCUGAAACUUGUUAAAAUCUAUUCGUACAACCCGGAGAAUUACGAGUGCGUUAUGGACUUGCGCUUGCCAUAA